CUCUUUAACAUCAUGGCCUUCGAAGUGACUGUUUAUUGCUAGCCUACCAGUGCUAAGUCUUGUGAUUGUGGACAUUGACAAACUUGGAACUUACAAGAUGAGACAAAACUUUAGUCUAACUCUACAUAUCUAAACAACAAAUGAAUCAUUUUCAACACAAAUAUCAUUUUAAAGGGGAGAGGCUCUAAAUUUGGCUCUGACUUAUACCCGUCUCUGGACCGAGGCAUGACUGAUGACGCCCCACCUCCAACCAACAUUAAUCGCCAUAUAUUACUCUCUUGACAAGGCCUCUACAAUAAUAACUCUACCUGUAAUAGAUCUAAGGUAGACACUAUAUCGCACUAUCUAACUUCUCUACUGCGUUUGAGUCAUGGCAAACCUCGGCCCUCCUUUCCAUGCCAUCGCCGGCCUCCCGAACUUCCGAGAUCUCGGAGGCCAUCCGCUGCCUAUUAAGUCCCGCCCCGGAUACACAAUCAGAUCCGGCCUCAUCUUCCGUUCAGCGGAACCAUCCCGUCUCACCGAAGACGGCGUCUCAGCGCUACAGGACCUCAAGAUCUCACACGUCUACGACUUGCGCUCGCGAACUGAGAUCGAGCGCUACGCUACAGGAACCCGAGAGUGGCCCGGUGCCCAACGGGUCUUCACUCCGGUCUUUCUAGACGAGGAUUACGGCCCGGAGGCUAUUGCGUUGCGCUUUCGGAAUUAUACUGCCGAGGGUAGUCAGGGAUUUGUUGAAGCUUAUCGGGGAAUCUGGGAGACGGGAACGGAUUCUAUCAACACUAUUCUCUCACAUCUUGCCAGACCGGAUCCUUCACCCUUACUCAUUCAUUGCACCGCUGGCAAAGACAGGACUGGUGUAGUCUGCGCUUUCAUCUUAUCCAUAUGCGGUGUGGAUGAAGGGACUAUCGCUCACGAGUAUGGCUUGACUGAGGUUGGCCUUGGUGACUUUAGAGAGGAGCUUCUUGCGGCUGUGAUGAAGAGCCCCGAACUGAGAGCCAACCCUGAAGGUGCUCAACGAUUGCUGGGAGCCAAACCCGAGAACAUGCUUGCUGCUUUGGAAGCACUUCGUAAACAGCAUGGCUCUGUCGAGGAGUAUGUUGUCAAGAACUGCGGUCUGACAGAGGAUGAUCUUGAGCAGAUUCGAAAGAACUUGAUUGUCCCUGAGGAGAGCAGGCAAUAGUCUCGAUGAGAUAUGAAUAAAGACUCAUGUUUAUGAGGAACAUCAAUGUCAAUGGCACAAAGUUAGCAAGAUUCAUAUAGAAGAUCACAUACAGAAAUGCAAGCGC